ACUUCUCGCUAACGUGUUUCGUGGGCGCUGACAUAUUGACAUCCUUCGCUCUCUACUAUUUAUUAAUCGCUGUGGAUGAUGAAAGUGGAUCACUAUUAAAAAUGAAACUCUACACUGAUCAAGGAAAUUUCAAAUCUCUGAAAGUGCUCGCAGCGCUUGAAUUGACUGGAUUGACUUUUACAUUCACGGAGUGUGGUCACGAAGAACGAGUCGCACCUUAUCUGUCCUGUACAACCCUGCCUGUCCUAGAAGUCAGUCCUCAGAGAUUUAUUUUCUCACCUAACUCGGCCACUAGGUACAUACUGAACAAGAAGUAUGAAGAGGAGGAUCCAAAUGUAGACAAGUGGUUGGAGUGGGAAAGUUCACAAUUCCAGCCACACCUAGUCCGGUAUCUCGUCAGCGUGCUGGUUCACAGGAAGGCAGACACGGAAUCCCUCAACAGAUUACAUCAACUCCUCAAGUUCCUUAAUACUGAACUCAAAAAUAAAUCACUGAUCAAGGGAAGUGACUCCUCUGCUGCAGAUUUUGUCCUGUGGGGCUCCCUGUAUCCUCUGUUUAAAGGUGCUGCAGAAAUUAAAGGUUUGGAGAGUCAGUAUUCUAACAUUAAGUCAUGGUUCAAUGCUCUGAAUAACCUGCCAUGUUGUCAGGCAGCCCUAACUAGAGUGGUGCCAGGAGGGGACACCACCUGUCUAAAGGCAUCACUGUCUGCUCAGCCCGUGCCUCUUUUGGAGCAGGAGGCCAGAUCAGAGGAGUCCAUCCAGAAAACGAAGCCUCAGAAAAAGAAAAUGGAAAACGCAACAGAGAACACCACAGCUGAGGAAAGUCUGCUCACAAAGGAAGCCUCAACAGAGGAAAUUCAGUCUGCCAAAGAAUCGUGGAGGACUGGCAAAUCAAAGUGUCCAAAGCCCAGGGAAAGAAAACACCCCAUAUUACCUAAAUCAGGGGAGAGGAAUCUUUUGAUCACCAGUGCUCUCCCUUAUGUAAAUAACGUUCCUCACCUUGGAAACAUCAUAGGAUGUGUUCUCAGUGCCGAUGUCUUCUCUAGGUACUGUCGAUUAAGGAACUAUAACUGCCUGUACAUUUGUGGGACAGACGAAUACGGAACAGCAACGGAGACAAAAGCCAUUGAGGAGGGCCUCACCCCCAAGGAGAUCUGUGACAAGUACAACAAAAUCCACAACGAAAUCUACGAGUGGUUCAAUAUUUCCUUUGAUAAGUUUAGUCGUACCACAAUACCAGAACAAACCAGAAUUGCACAGGAUAUUUUCUGGAAGCUGGAGAAGAAUGGAUACAUUCUCAGGGACAGUGUAGAACAGUUGCAGUGUCAGAAAUGUUUAAGGUUCCUUGCUGACCGCUUUGUAGAGGGCACAUGUCCCCUCUGUGGUUAUGAUGACGCCCGCGGUGACCAAUGUGACGCAUGUGGUAAACUACUGAACGCAGUGGACCUGAAAGACCCCAAGUGUAAAGUGUGUCAGGGAAUACCCAUGGUCAAGUCCUCAAGACACUUGUUCCUGGAUUUACCCAAAAUAGCGAGUAAACUCCAGACUCACCUUGGUAAAGAGUUCGGUAGAGGAAUGUGGACAAACAAUGCUCGCAUCAUUACCAACUCCUGGUUACGGGAUGGACUGAAACCUCGCUGUAUCAGCCGUGAUCUCAAGUGGGGCAUACAAGUACCCCUAGAGGGAUUCACAGAUAAAGUGUUUUAUGUGUGGUACGAUGCCCCGAUUGGAUACAUAUCAGCGACCGCUUCCUACACUGACCAAUGGGAACAGUGGUGGAAAAAUCCCAAAAAGGUGGAACUGUAUAAUUUCCUUGGUAAGGACAAUGUCCCCUUCCAUACAGUGAUAUUUCCCUGCACCUUACUGGGAGCUGAAGAUAACUACACCAUAGUCAACCAUAUGUCUGCUACAGAAUACUUGAACUAUGAGGAUACAAAGUUCUCCAAAAGCCGGGGGACAGGGGUGUUUGGUCAUCAGGCUAAGGAGACGGGAAUCCCUGCCGAUGUGUUUCGAUUCUACCUCUUGUAUGUACGGCCAGAGUCACAGGAUAGUAGCUUUAGCUGGGAUGAUUUUCAACUGAAAAACAACAGUGAGCUCUUAAAUAACUUGGGAAACUUCAUCAACAGGGCUUUAAUGUUUGUCAGUAAUAAUUUUGGGGGAGAGAUUCAGAAGAUGAAUUUGACAGAUGAAGAUUUCCACCUGCUGGCACUAGUGAACAGAGAACUGCGCACCUACAUAGAAAAUAUGGAACAAGUCAAGCUCCGAGACUCAAUAAGAAAUAUUUUGAGUAUAUCAAGGCUGGGGAACCAGUACAUGCAGUUCAACAAACCCUGGGUCCUGGUGAAGGGCAGCGAUACAGACAGACUCCGAGCAGGAACAGUGGUCAGUCUGUCAGCUAACCUGGCCACCCUGCUGUCCAUACUUGUCCAGCCCUACAUGCCGAUGGUCAGUGCCACUAUACAGGGGCAGCUGAAGACACCAUCUGACUGUAAUGUCAUCCACCAAGAGUUUGUGUGUCACUUACCGCCCGGACAUAAGAUAGGCAAGCCCAGUCCUUUGUUUGAGAAAAUAGAAUCUGCCAAAAUUCAGGAAAUGAAGAAAAUGUUUGAGGGAAAAGGUGCUCCACAGAAACCCACCAAGCAGACUAUCUCUGCCGGUGCUGAGGAUAUUCAGAAGCUUACUGAUGAAGUCGCGGCUCAGGGAAAGUUGGUGAGGGAGCUGAAAGCACAGAAAGCAGAUAAAGCUGCAAUAAAAGAGGAGGUGGAGAAACUACUAGCUCUAAAGAAACAGCUGGCAGAAUUGUCAGGGGAAAACAUUUCAGGGGGAGGAAAACAGAACAACAGCCAAGUGAAGAAGGAAAAUAAAAACGUCAAACCAUCUCCUGUAAGUGGAGCAGUGGACAGUGCAGAGACAGAGAGACUCACUGAGGCUGUUUCUAAACAGGGAUUAUUGGUGCGGGAUCUGAAAUCCCAGAAAGCAGAAAAAUCCCAAAUUGAUUCUGAGGUGGCCAUUUUAUUGGAUCUGAAGAGACAGCUGGCUGUAGCUCAGGGUCAGGAUCCAGAGGCCCUGACAGGGGGAAAGGGCAAGAAAGGGAAAAAGAAAUAAUGAGAUUAGAUUGAUUAGGUAUACUUAGGCUUUGAUGUCAGAACAGAAUUUAUCUGUAUACCAGCUGCAUAAGAGAUUGGAAGAGGAACAGAUGUGAAGCAGUGAAUAAUUAUGAAAUUAAUUGUUGUUAGAGUAAGAUUCAAGGUAAAGAAAAACAUUGUGUUCACUUUGUGCUUUGUUGAUAAAUGUACCAAGCGAAAAGAAUUUCAUUAUGAUAUGAAAUGGAUUGUAUUUACAUGUAUUAUUUUAUAAACAUAUUUCUUGAA